CGUGGCCCGGGACACGCCUUCCCCGGAGCGGAACAAAACGGGGCGCGGGCCGGGCGCACCCAGUCGCCGCUUCCGAAGAGCGUUCCCGCCCGCGCGCCGCGCAGCCAGUUACCAGUUUCAGGAUGCCGAACUGGGGAGGAGGCAAGAAAUGUGGGGUGUGCCAGAAGACGGUUUACUUUGCGGAAGAGGUUCAGUGCGAAGGCAGCAGCUUCCAUAAAUCCUGCUUCCUGUGCAUGGUCUGCAAGAAGAAUCUGGACAGCACCACUGUGGCUGUGCACGGCGAGGAGAUCUACUGCAAGUCUUGUUACGGCAAGAAGUACGGCCCCAAAGGCUACGGCUACGGGCAGGGCGCCGGCACACUGAGCACCGACAAGGGGGAGUCUCUGGGCAUUAAGCACGAGGAGGCCCCUGGCCACAGGCCCACCACCAACCCCAAUGCCUCCAAGUUUGCGCAGAAGAUUGGCAGCUCCGAGAGGUGCCCUCGAUGCAGCCAGGCAGUCUAUGCGGCUGAGAAGGUGAUCGGUGCCGGGAAGUCCUGGCAUAAGUCCUGCUUCCGGUGUGCCAAGUGCGGCAAAGGCCUCGAGUCCACCACCCUGGCCGACAAGGAUGGCGAGAUUUACUGCAAAGGAUGCUACGCGAAAAACUUCGGACCCAAGGGCUUUGGCUUUGGGCAAGGAGCUGGGGCUUUGGUCCACUCUGAGUGAGGCUGCCGCCAUCCACCACACACUGCCCACUCCCGUGCUUCUCAUCGCCGUUCCUUUCCCAGCAGCCUUGGCAACCUCCUGGAUUCCUCCUCCCUCUCAGCCCCGCCACGCAUCACUAAUGACUUGAACUUGGGUGUUUGGCUCCCUUUGGUUUGGAGUCUGCCUGAGAUCCCACUCCUCUAAAGGGCUCCCUCUGCCUGGGACGUGACACCAUCACCAGCAGGAGACCUCAGUGUUUUAGUGCAGGUGGGACUGGGCCCAUCUCCCCACACCCUGCCCCACAGUCUUCUGUUCUUAGCCUGUUAGGCUGAGUGUCCAUCAUCAACUUGCCAAGAUCCGUGAGCCCACGUCUCGGAUCCCAGAGGAGCAGUAGUCCCGGGGGAGAGGGAAGCAGGACCAAGAUGGGGCAGAGGAAGCUGGUGGUUCAUUAGACCUGAGAUUCUCUUUUGCGGGUAAGAGGGUAGGCUUCUUGGUGUCCCUCAGGAUAGGCCUGGGGAGUUCCAGUUGGGGAGUCUCUGUGGAUGCAGAGGGCACACAGACAGGGCCAUGGACUGUAGAGGCCACUUGCCUCUCUGGGCCUCUUCCCUUUGAGGUUCUAGGGACCUGGUGUCCUUCCCCUCGGGGUGAGGAAAACAGCCCAGGUCUGAGGACCCAAAGUCAGGGUGUGGUCUGACCUCCCCAGGCGUCAAGUUCCUUGUUUGGCGGGGGCCCCAGUGAAACACAUCCCAACACACUUUCAUAUAACAGUGGCCCAAACCUGAGGGUAAAUAGCUCUGCCCCUAACCCCGGUCCCGGGGCUGUGGUGGCAGCUCCUCCCCGUCCCAGCACAGACCAGGCCAGUGCUCUGUUCCUGCCACUCCUGCUUGACCCUUAAGAGUUGGAGGGAGGCACACACGGCCUCAGUCUUCAUCUGGACACUGCUUGCCUAUGUGCCCGGUCCUCAGGACCUGCCUGCCCACUCGGGACCUUACCCUGGCCACUCUGCCCUUCUCUGGCCACAUCACCCCCCAACCCUUCCAGGCCCCAGGUGAGGAGCAGCAGGAGGAAGGGGAGGGGCUGGGCCUCGCUGCUGCCAGUGACUGAAAGGACUACCGUAUGCGGAGGAGUCACCUGGAAGGGCUGCAGGCACGAGCUGUGUUCAAGCUGACUUCUCACCUGGUCAAUAAAAGUCUUAGAACAGAA